CUAAAGUAAACAUUUUCACUACUAGACCCUAAAAACUAAACCUAUAUAUGGUUGAACGAGAUUCCACUAAACCACAAUCAGCACACCUUCAGCAGAAAUGACAUCGACGGCAGUAUAUUCCGGCAGCGACUCCGAUGAUAGUCCAACAUCUGCCAAACUCGGAGCCCAUCACCAACAUGAUCUUUCCGACUCCAUUUUCCGAUCAUACAUCGAGAUAAACGGUUGUUCUUCUUCUGAUCUAUCAAAGAUCCAAUCUUUCCUCCUCUCCUCUCGCUCGGGCGCCUUAUCAUGCCUCAUCUGUCUCGAAAAGAUCCGUCCUUCCGAUCCAACUUGGUCUUGCUUCUCCGGAUGCUUUGCUGUCUUCCACCUUCUCUGUAUCCAGAGCUGGGCACGUCAGUCUUCCGACCUCGCCGCGACCCGCGCUGCUACGCGCCUGCCCAUUUCGAGUGCCAAGGCGGCUGAAGAAGCACUCUGGAAUUGCCCCAAAUGCAGGAUCAAUUACUCGAAAGCUCAAACUCCGAAGAAUUACUAUUGUUUCUGUGGGAAGUUAGCCGAUCCACCAAGCGAUCCAUGGAUUUUACCUCACUCAUGCGGUGAGAUUUGUGAUCGGUCAUUGAAGUAUAAUUGUGGCCACUAUUGCUUGCUUCUGUGUCAUCCUGGACCAUGUCCAUCUUGCCCUAAGCUGGUGAAAGGUAGUUGCUUCUGCGGCGGCGUGGAAGAUGUUCGGCGAUGUGGGUUUAAGAACUUUUCAUGUAAUGACGUCUGUUCGAGAUUACUGGAUUGUCAGAGUCAUACCUGUGAAGAAAUUUGUCAUGAAGGACAAUGUCCUCCUUGUCGGGCUCGAGGAGCUUAUAGAUGCGAAUGUGGUAAGGUUGAAGAGGAGAAAGAUUGUUGUGAUCGUGACUUCCGUUGUGAGAUUCCAUGUAAGAAGAGUCUGGUUUGUGGGAAGCAUGUCUGCGACAGGGGAUGCCAUAGGGAAGAAUGUGGAGAGUGUCCUCUUCAGGGGAAACGGACUUGCCCAUGUGGGAAGAAAGUGUACGAAGGGAUGGCUUGUGAUAUUCCUGCUCCAUUGUGUGGUUCAACUUGUAAUAAGUUAUUGAGUUGCGGUUACCACAGAUGCUCAGAACGCUGCCAUAGGGGAGUAUGCAUUGAGACCUGCAGGGUUGUUGUCAUGAAGUCAUGCAGGUGUGGUAGUUUAAAGAAAGAGGUUCCGUGUUAUCAAGAUUUGGCUUGCGAGAGAAAAUGCCAACGAUUGCGAGACUGUGGGCGUCAUGCUUGUAAGAAACGCUGCUGUGAUGGAGAUUGUCCCCCUUGUUCAGAGCAUUGUGAUCGAAGGCUGCGGUGCAGAAACCACAAAUGUCCUGCUCCAUGCCACAGAGGUGCUUGUGCCCCAUGCCCUGUGAUGGUGAGUAUUUCCUGUGCAUGCGGGGAGACACAUUUUGAGGUUCCUUGUGGUACUGAAAUGGAUCAGAAGCCUCCUAGGUGUCCUAAACCCUGCCCUAUAGCUCCUUUGUGUAAUCAUGGAUCAAUUAUCAAGCCACACAGAUGUCAUUAUGGAGCUUGUACUCAGUGCAGGCUGAUAUGUGGUGAAGGGUACCCGUGUGGGCACAAGUGCCAAUUAAGGUGCCAUGGGCCAAAACCUCCUCCUAAACCAGAAUUUACCCUGAAGCCCACCAAGAAAAAGAAAUCAAAUCAGCCAAUUGAGGGUACACCAGGCUCAGUUUGUCCUCCUUGCCCUGAAUUGGUGUGGAGGCCAUGUGUUGGUGAACAUUUUGGAGAAGAAAGAAUGAUGAUUUGCUCUAACAAGUCUGAUUAUGCUUGUAACAAUUUAUGCGGGAAUCUACUUGGUUGUGAAAAUCAUUAUUGUACCAAAACUUGUCAUGCUCUUAGGAGUUCAACUAAGGGUCAGCAAGAUAGAGGCGAGCCCUGUGAAAAAUGUUUUCUUUCUUGUCAAAAGGAGAGGCAACCUUCAUGUACACAUCCUUGUCCGAGUACUUGUCACCCUGGUGAAUGUCCCUCCUGCAAGGCCCUGGUAAAAAGGUCUUGUCACUGUGGCUCUAUGGUCCAUGUCUUUGAGUGCAUGUAUUACAAUAGCAGAUCUGAAGAAGAGCAAAUAAAUAUUCGUUCAUGUGGGGGACCAUGUCAUAGAAAAUUACCCAAUUGCACACAUCUUUGCCCAGAGACAUGCCAUCCUGGUAAAUGCCCACUACCUGAGAAGUGCUCCAAGAAGGUCACUGUUCGAUGUGGGUGCCAAACAUUGAAAAAGGAAUGGCUUUGUCAAGAACUUCAAGAGGCAUACCUUACAUCUGGUCGUGAGCCUAAGGAUAUUCCUAAAACCCAAUUUGGUUUAGGAUUGCUUCCUUGCGGAUCAGGUUGCAAGAGUAAAGUAAAAGUUAUGGAUCAGGAAUUACAGCAUCGGAAACCUACAGUUCUAGAGAACAAGGAGACAGAUGCUGAGAAUAACCAACCGAAGCGAAGGAAAAAACGUAACCAAGCAAAAGAAACUAAGCAAAUUUCAAAAUUUCAGAAAUAUAGCGCCAUCGUUGGAAGAGUGCUUCUAUUUGGUACCCUUAUCGUAUUGUUUAUUGUGGCGGCUUAUUACGGUUAUAAAGGUCUUUUUUGGAUAUCUGAUCGAAUGAAUGAAGUUGAAACACAAAGACAAAGAAGAAAAUACCCAAGAAAUUGAAGUGGAAUUUGGUUAGUUAAAUUUCUAUUUCUUCAUUAAAGUUGUUAAAUUUUUGGCUAUAAAAGAACCUUAUUUCUUCUCCAUUGAUACUAAAAAUACUCUUCUUUUAAAGGAUUUUCAUGUAAUUGAAUGUUUGUGGAUUUUUUUAAUAAGAUUUUGAACUGAGCAACACUA